AUGGUACUUAAGAUACAGACCAGCUUAAUUUGGGUUCUGUUUGAUGCUGUUUUGAUUGUUAUAGCACGUUCUCCAGACAAGAUAAAGAGCAUUGAUGGCUCAAAAGAAACUCUUAAACUCAGUGUGAGGAUCAGUGAUCUAUGGUUUAUUGGCACGCCUAACAAAUAUGAGCAAGCUGAAAUGGUGUUUGUGGACUCCGAUGGUGAUGAGAUCCACGCUUACAGAGUGUGUGAUCAUCAAUUUAAAUUGGUGUUUAUUGGGGUUACUGUUGUGAGGGAGUGUGUUCUAGGGGACAUCCCUUUUAGAAAAUACAGGUUUGCUGGAUUUGCAGAUGUUGUGGCUGGCCAGUUUGAACGUGGACUAUUGGUUGAUGUUAUUGGUGUUGUGGAGGAGGUUGCCUUUCGGCAAGUUUCAGGAAAAGGUAGAAGGGUAGUCUUCAAAUUAAAGGACUUGAGCCAGCAAUUGCUAUCUUGCACUUUGUGGGAUGAUUAUUGCUUACAGUUUUUGAAGUUCUUAGAUGAUUAUAAAGGUGAUGGCCCAGUUACAGUUCUAUUAAGCCAUUGUAGGAUCAAGGAAGCGCAAGGAUCUUAUCCUGCAUCGAUCAACAAUUCUUUCAAGGCUUCAAAGUUAAUUAUUAACCAGCCCGUGAUGGAGAUUCAAGAAUUCAAUGAACGGCUUGUAGAGUUGGGCAUUGAGGCCUGGUCAGGUUUUAAAUCCCAUGGUGAAGGGAGUACACAGCUUUCAGGUUCUAUCCAAUUAUCAUCAAAAGAAUCAUUCUUUGGCAAGGCUGAGGCAAAGACUAUUGCUGAGAUUAACACCAUCUCUGAAGAAAUUGUUUGUGUCACUGUUGGCACAAUUACUAGGAUUGUUCUUGACAAUCAUUCAUGGUGUUAUACAGCUUGCAUUCAGUGCCAUAAAAAAAGUGAUACAAAGAUGGCGCCCUUUACAUGUGCAUGCGACAAAUACAAUAAGGAAGUUGUGCUUAGGUGA